CCAGCCUCCUGAAGUGGUCGGUCGCUGCUGGUUGCAGGGAGUGGCGUCUAUAGCAGCAGGGGUUUUUUGGAGAUUCCAACCGUUACUUUCUCGGCUCCUGACAUUUCCGUGACGACAAGUCAGAGAGAGAACAUAGAGAGGUGGAGAAAGAGAUGAAAUUGUCUGUGUUGUACAAUCUAACAAGGAUGUGGAGUGGAUCGCUGUUGUUCCUUUUCACCCAAGUCAUCUUGGUUUCCUCGUUGGCUCCGAAUGAUAGCUGCGGGUGGAAUAUAACCCUUGAGACAGACGCGGUGAGCUAUGUAACCACCGCCGGUUAUCCCAUGGAAUAUCCGCCCUCCCAGCACUGCACAUGGGUGGUAACCGCUCCUCAGCCGGAUAAUAAGAUCCGCAUCAUCUUCAAUCCGUUUUUUGAUCUGGAGGACACAGACUGCAACCAUGACUAUGUUGAGGUUUACGAUGGCGGUGACGAGCUUUCACCCAGGAUGGGAAAGUUUUGCGGGAGGGUCGCACCGCCCAUGAUCAUCUCCAGUGGCAGCCAACUCCUCAUCAAGUUUGUCACUGACGAUGAGAACAACGGGGCAGGAUUCUCUAUUAAGCUUAAGAGCUUCAAAUCAACAUCACAAUGUUCCAGAAACUUCACAGAUCCCCAGGGUGUGAUCACAACACCGCUCUUCCCCAAGAAGUACCCCAACAACCUGAACUGCACCUUCAUGAUCUUGGCCCCCGAGACAUCAGAGAUCGUACUGGAGUUCGACAGCUUCGACAUGGAGGGCGACCCCUUGCUACUGCCAGGCCCCAAAUGCCAAUACGACUGGCUGGAUAUCUGGGACGGCCUCCCUGAAGCGGGUCUUCACCUUGGGAGAUACUGUGGCGAAACCUCCCCGGGCCAAGUGAUCGCCUACAGUGGCAUCCUGUCCAUGACCGUCACCACUGACCAUGCCAUCACCAAAGAGGGAUUCUCCGCCAACUACACCAUCCACGAGAGGAGCCUCCCCUCCGGACCCAAAUAUGAGGAUAAAUGCAGGGUGAAUAUAAACCUAGAGAUAGGUAGAGGAAACUACCUGACUUCCGCAGGCUAUCCCAUGACCUACCCACCCUCCCACGAGUGCGUAUGGGUGUUAACUGCUCCUGAGCCGCAUCAGAAGAUCCUCAUCAACUUCAAUCCAUUUUUUGAUCUGGAGGACACAGACUGCAGUCAUGACUAUGUGGAAGUUUACAACGGCGGUGAUGAGCUUUCGCCCUCAAUGGGAAAGUUUUGCGGGAAGGUUGCACCGCCCCUAAUGACGUCCAGCGGCAACCAGCUCCUCAUCAAGUUUGUCACUGACAACGAGAACCACGGGGGUGGAUUCUCUGUUCAGUAUGAGGUCUUCAAGACAGCACCACAAUGUUCCAGAAACUUCACAGAUCCCCAGGGUGUCAUUGAGACGCCGGGCUUCCCUGAGAAGUACCCCAACAACCUGAACUGCACCUUCAUGAUCUUGGCCUCCAAUACGUCAGAGAUCGAGGUGGAGUUCAAAAGCUUCGACAUGGAGGGUAACCCCUUGCUACAGCCAGGUCCCCGCUGCCCAUACGACUGGCUAGACAUCUGGGACGGCCUCCCUGCAGUGAGUCUUCACGUUGGCAGAUACUGUGGCCAGGAGCUCCCGCAUCGAGUGAUCUCCUACACCGGCAUCCUGUCCAUGACCAUCACCACUGACCAUGCCAUCACCAAAGAGGGAUUCUCUGCCAACUACACCAUCCGAGAGAGGAGCCUCCCCUCAGGACACGAGAUGAAAUUAUGGUUUCAUCUAUGAGCAGCUCAGAUAAUCAGGUGUUUUCUUAAAAACCACCAUAAUGAUGACUCAUAAUUAUUUUAGGACUAGACUAAUCAGACAAUCUGUUGGCUACUCACAAAUACUGCAACAGUCAUGGAAUGAAAGGGAUAGAAGAAUAAAAAAAGAGAUUCUUGUUCUCUGUGA